AUGUCAGCGCCAAGUCAAACACAGCCACCACGUCAAAGACCUCAGCAUUUGUGCAUUAGGCCACUUACCAUAUAUGAUCUCGACCAAGUAGAGGCUUUGGAGGCAAGGGGUUUUGACGAUGCAGAAAGAGCGUCCAGAGAGAAACUCAAGUAUCGAUUAUCAGUGUGUCCCGAGCUUUCUUCGGGUUAUUUUGUGAGGGAAUUUGAAGAUAUUGGAGCUGAAGCAGUUGAGAAAAAGAAGAUGAAGAAGGAGCACAAAGUAGAGGAUCAGGACGAUCAAGACGACGACGACGAGUUCAUCCUUCCACCACCAAGAUCCACAGUUAAGAAGGAAACACUCAUUGGACACAUAAUGGGUACAAAGAUUUAUGAUCAGAAAAUAACAGAGAGAACGAUGGGUAUUCCAAAGCUUACAGAAGACUUGUUACCGGAUCCAACAGUACCAAAUAAUGAUAAGGUGGGUCACGUGGAAGGAUCCAGGAUCAUUGGCAUUCACUCUGUAGUGAUUGACCAGAAAUACAGAGGACUUAAACUUGGCUCGUUACUUGUGAAGGACUAUUUGCAGAAGAUGAACCAGCAAUGUGUUGCCGAUAGGGUUGUUCUUAUUGCCAAGGAGAAGUUGGUUCCCUUUUAUAAGAGCAUCGAGUUUGUUGACGAUGGCAUUAGCAAGUGCAAAUACGCUGGAGUCGAUUGGCAUGAUUUGCACUGUGUUUUGACUCAUGAAGAGGAUGACGAUGAUAUGUAG